UAUGGCGGAAACCCGUACGGCGGCGGCGACAAUGCCGUACAGUCAAACCCAUACACGUCCGUUCCAGCCUCGACUGCGCCGACGACUCAGUACGCUCCCGCCGCCGCCGGACACGCGACGCUGUCCCAGCAGGACUUCCUUUCGCGCGUCGAAGCCGUCAAGGCCGAUAUUCGCACAUUGACCACCCACGUCGGACAGAUCGCGUCGCUCCACCAGCGAGCCCUCUCCUCGCCGGACGCGACCUCUUCGGGCCAAUUGGAGUCGAUCAUCACCCAGACUCAAGUGCUCAACACCUCGAUCAAGGACCAGAUCAAAUACCUCGAGACCGACGCCGCCCGGAGUAUCAACACCUCCAACCACACCAUCAAGACCACUCAAGUCGGUCAGCUCAAAUCUUCCUUCACCAAGCAGCUGCAGGAAUACCGUCAAGAGGAGUCCACCUAUGAGAGACGCUACCGGGAGCAGAUCGCACGGCAAUACCGCAUUGUGAACCCCGAUGCGACGGAUGCCGAGGUGGAGGAGGCGACGCAGGCCGACUGGGGCAAUGAGGGCGUUUUCCAACAAGCACUCCGAUCGAACCGCUCCGCGACUGCUAACAGCGUUCUCGGUGCCGUUCGCGCCCGACACAACGAUAUUCAAAAGAUCGAGCGCACCCUCCUCGAACUGCAACAGAUUAUGGAGGAGCUCGCGACCGCGGUCAUCCUCCAGGACGAGCCGAUCCAGCAAGCCGAGCGCUACACCGAUCAGGUCAAGCAGGACACGACAGCCGGCAACGUGCAGCUCGACAGGGGCAUCAAGUCGGCGCGCAACGCCCGCAAGCUCAAGUGGUGGUGCCUCCUCAUCACUCUCGCCAUCCUGAUCAUCGUCGGAUUGAUCGUAGGAUUAUACUUCGGUGUGGGCCCG